GCUCACAAAUGUUGUUCAAUGGCAACCGUUCAACAGUUGUAUUCGUCGUCAAACUCUCCACUACCUUCAGAAGCGAAACUAAGCAGCAAUCUUCAACACCCUUCGUCUUCUCCUCCUCCUCUAGAACCACCACCACCAUCACCCAUCUUUCGUCAGAGUUCCCACUAUCAAUGCUUAACUUAUCGCAACACUCAUCAGACAAAACACUCGAGAACCAUCCAUAUGGCGACACAGGUACCCCAUCUUUGGAUAAGCAUAACAAUCUAAAACCCUGACUGUGCAACACUUUGAAGAUUGUUCAUUAUGUUUGUUAUGAAACUCUCCACUUCAUCCAGAACCGAAAGUGAGUGACAAUCCUUAAUGCUCUCAUUUUUACCUUCUUCUUCUCCUCUAUCAUCUCUCGUCCUAGAACUUUCCACAUCGCUUCUUUUCACCCCUCGCGAGCUAGGAAUCCACAAAUGACGCAUGUGUAGAAAAGAUCCAACAAAGCCUCUUCUAUAAUUUUAAGUAGCUUCUUUUAUCAAACAAUCAAUCAUCAAUCAUAAUUGUUCAUUAAAAAAAAAACUAACAGUUAUGAAAAGUGAAAGAGGUAAGACAUGAAAUAAAAGUAUGUUUAAUUUUUCAAUAGAGUAUUUGCAUAGUUUUCUUUUCGAGUAAAUAAAAAAAAGGUCAAAAUUAACAUAAAACAAAAAUAAAUAAAAAACUGGACAAACGCAAAUAGACACUGAGACCAAAAUCCAAGAAACAAGGAAAAGGAAGAAGAAAAAACACAGAGUAGUGAUCGGAGGAAAAGGAUCCCUUGAACGGUUUUCCAUUUUGAUUUGCAACAAUGUGGAGCUCGAGCACGAGUACCUGUACGACGAUAAUGAUAUGUGUCGGAGCCAUGGCUCUGGCAUUUCUCUCAACAACAGCUUCAGCAGACGAUGUUGUUGCACUCACAGAGGACACAUUCGGGAAAGAGGUUGGUCAGGAUCGUGGCGCUCUCAUCGAGUUUUACGCUCCCUGGUGUGGACAUUGUAAAAAGCUUGCACCUGAAUAUGAAAAACUUGCAACUAGUUUUAGAAAAACCAAGUCCGUUUUGAUUGCCAAGGUGGACUGUGAUGAACACAAAAGCGUUUGCAAUAAAUAUGGGGUUUCUGGGUACCCCACAAUUCAAUGGUUUCCUCAGGGAUCUCUAGAGCCAAAGAAGUACGAGGGGGCACGAACUGCAGAAGCCCUUACUGCUUUUGUGAACAUUGAAGGAGGUACCAAUGUCAAGUUUGCUUCUGUUCCAUCUAGUGUGGUAGUUCUCUCCUUAUUUAACUUUGAUAAGGUUGUCUUGGAUGAAACAAAAGAUGUUUUAGUGGAGUUCUAUGCACCGUGGUGUGGUCAUUGUCAGGCCCUUGCCCCUACUUAUGAAAAGGUUGCUGCAGCAUUUAAAUUGGAGGAGGAUGUAGUUAUAGCUAAUGUUGAUACUGAUACUUACAAGGAUUUGGCCGAGAAAUAUGCUGUUAGUGGCUAUCCCACACUGAAGUUUUUCCCAAAAAGCAAUAAAGCAGGUGAAGAUUAUGGCGGUGGUCGUGAGUUGGAUGAUUUUGUAAAUUUCAUCAACGAGAAAUGUGGCACCAAUCGUGAUGGGAAGGGGCAACUUACUGCUAAAGCUGGUAUAAUACCAUCUCUGGAUGACUUGGUGAAGGAGUUUGUAAGUGCUGAUGAUAAUGAGAAGAAGGCAGUGUUUUCCCAGCUUGAGGAGGAAGUUAAGAAGCUUAAGGGUUCUGCUGCAAGAUAUGGAAACCUAUACUUAAAACUUGCUAAGAACAGUAUGGAAAAGGGUGCAGACUAUGCAAAGAAUGAGAUUCAACGUCUUGAGCGCUUACUUGAGAAGUCAAUCAACCCAGUAAAGGCUGAUGAAUUCACUCUCAAGAAGAACAUCUUAUCUACCUUUACUUGAUAUUAUGCUGAUGGAGGAGUCAUUGCAUUCAGUUCUGGGGGAUGACAUGUUUUGUAACUCCUAAAUUUGUAGGAGUUACAACCCUGUCUUUUCCGCAUAAUUUUUGCACUGGUCAUGUAUUAUAUCUUAAUUAAAGCAGAAAAUAUAUUUUUGUAUAAGAAAAUUAUAUACGUAUAAGGAAUUUAGAAUGACUUCAGGUUCAUGAUUGAAAUGGAGAUUAUUGUAGCUUUUUCCUUGUGUUACCUCAUCUU